ACCCGUAUUUCCGCCACUCUCAACCCUGACUAAUUGCCAUUCUCCAAACUUUCCUUUACUUUUUACUCUACCCAUCAAGCAAAUCAUAUACAAAUAUCAAAGAAGGUACGAGAAAGACUUCCGCCAUCGCCGAGAUAGUCUUAUUUAAAAACCACCGACCCUCCUUCAUCAACCCCCUCUUCUCGCAUCAACAAAGCAAGCAACCUAACAUACAAACUCUCAAUAGGACGUCCUUUACUCCGUCCUUCAACCCACUCGUAUUUAGCCCAUCAUUUCAGCCAUAUUCACUAGACUUUUCGGCAGCUUCGCCGCUCGCCCUAUAUCUCCGGGAACCAUGUCUGCUGCUAAGGUUAAGGCUCAGAGUAUCAUUGACGAGAACAAAGUCGUCGUUUUCUCCAAAUCUUACUGCCCGUACUGCAAGGCGACAAAGUCACUAUUGAGUGGUCUCGGUGCGCCUUAUUACGUUCUUGAGUUGGAUCAAGUUGACGACGGCGCCGCUAUCCAAGACGCUCUUGAGGAAAUUACCAGCCAGCGCUCCGUCCCCAACAUUUUCAUUAACAAGCAACACAUUGGCGGAAACUCAGAUUUACAGGGUCGCAAGGAUGAGUUGCCUCAGUUGUUGAAGGAUGCUGGUGCUUUGUAAAUGAUUUUCGAGUUUGAAGGAUUUGAUUGAUCGUGUUGUUUCGCCAGCUGUGUUUGAUUAAUUGUGUAGUUGAAUUGAUAUGAUCGGUUGACCCCGGUUAGCAUUACACGCGUAUAUACAUUUUGAUAUCAACUCCUAUCUUACAUCAUAACCAGGCGAAAGGGGAAGUGGAGAUCUUGCAAUAGGUACGAACUAAACAACCUUCUGCGUAACAGUCCCAACAGGUCUCUCCACAAUACCCAUUGUUCCUUCCACAAUACUCUGUCUCGUAGGCUCGCUCGCAACCUGCUUUCCAGCGAGAUAAUUCAACCAUACACAACGACUAACGCGUUCAUCCGUAACCCGACCCAACCAUUGUAUAGGUUCCUUAGGAUCCCCCUGGAAAAGCGCAUCAAGAGCGCCCUGUUGAUCGCGCAGCAAUAAAAGAACUUGUCCCUUGGGAAUGUU